AUGCCUUCCAACUUCCCCUGUCGCGUGAAGCUGGCGGCUGCUCUGAUCACCUUGAUGAUCCUCACUGUCGUGAUAUAUCCCUUGGAUAUCACCACCUCCAGAAUCCCUCUCUCCGGCUCAAACACCCAAUUCGACUCCUCCAAACUCGCCCUGCUGGUCGAAACACGUCCACUCCCAAUACUGGCUCCCCUGUUACUGCACUUCAUCUCCGUCGUUCCACCAGAUUGGCCCUUUCUAUUCAUGGGCUCUCAUGUCUCCAUCGCAACCAUCAACACUUCCUUCGCCAUCCGCCAGCGCGUUAUGGAAGGCAAACUCACUCUAGCUCCAGUCCCUACCAACAUGAGCGUCCAAGGCCAGGAGAUGGUCAGUCGCUUCUUCACGAACCUAUGGCUAUAUGAGGAGGUGCUCCAUCCUGCCGAGUGGUUGCUGGUGUUUCAGACAGACUCGAUCAUCUGCGCAAACAGCAAGCAUGACCUCGAUGACUAUCUCGAAUACGAUUGGGUCGGCGAGCUACACAGCGGUAUCCCCGAGAAAGUUGACAAAAUGAGAAGCAACAGGACCCUUGAGGAUACCAAGAAGGCCAGGGGCAUUGAUGAUUGGCGAGAGGGCUUCUACGAACCCAUGGGCUACCACACUGGUGGAGGAGGAGUAUGGCUGCACGCGCCCAUCUGGGGAACUCCUGAGCUGAGGCGGCACAUCUGGUCAUAUUGUCCCGAGGUCAAGAUGACGCUGGAUAUGGACGUGGCGAGAUACAUGCCAGGGAAUUGCCGUGGCCGUUGGAAGAUGUAG